UUCAGCAUCGUCGGCUCUCCGUUCAAAAUUAAAUCGUUUUCGAGAAUGAAGUAAAUGUUUGUUACUCGAAAUUCGAAUCGAAACAAAUAAAGGACGAGCAACGAUUGAAUAAGAGACUGAUCAGUGAUCAGUCCGAUAUCUGAUUUGUCGGACGAUCACAGCGAAUGGGACUGGUAAUAAUAUUAUAACUAAGCGGUCUAAUUUAUUAUUACACAAGAAUCAUCAUCAACCAACCUACAUCGAUGAAUAGAGUUCUAGGAGAACAUAAUACACACAACUUGAUUCAUAGCUUCUUCAAAUCCAUCGGAAUCGACUCAAAAAUUGUAUAUUAAGAUAAACCCGUUCAACUUAUAAAAAUAUGGCUUUCUUGCGGGUACUUCUGGUGGUCCCGCUGUUUUUUGCUUCUAUUCUCGGAUUGUACUUUCUCGUCCAAAAUGCUCCACCCACCGAUAAUCAGUGCCGCAUCAAAAUGGCGAUUCCCAAGAGCAUGGCUGAAUUAAUGGAACUCAACUCGUGUUUAAGAAAUCAUUACAAUAACAACUACCUAUAUAUGCUUACAUUGUUCAGUACUGUUUACAUUAUUAAACAGGCCUUUUGCAUACCAGGCUCUGUCAUACUGAACUUGAUUGCGGGUUCAUUGUUUGGUUCUGGUCUUGGAAUGCUACUGGUGUGCACGCUAUCCAGUAUCGGUGUGUCUGCAUGUUACCUCCUGUCUAAAGUGUGUGGCGUUGAGGCGUUUCUAAUGAAUUACUUCCCUGGUACGCUGACCUCAUCGAAAACUACUGUGGGAAAUUUGGUGAAAAAUAACAAACACCAACUUUGGUACUUGCUACUAAUCUUGCGCAUCAUUCCAAUUACUCCAAAUUGGCUUUUGAACCUGCUUGCGCCGGUGUUCAGUAUUCCUCUUUGGACUUUUAUUUACACAACGUUUUUCGGACUAAUGCCCUAUAAUUACAUAUGCUGCCAGAGCGGCGAAACAUUGUCGAGUAUCAAUUCAUUAGAAGAAAUAUUUACGUUGAAAACAACACUGCAGUUAACGUCCAUCGCUGUGGUUAUGGUUGUUGUUAAGAUUGCCUCAAAGUUCUGUAAAAUAAACACCUAAUUUUUAUUUAUUGAA